UGUUAAUAUGUCUAUCAUUUCAUUCAUUCUCUUGUAAAGGUUGUGUGAUGUGAUUAGUGCGGUUCCACCAAAAAAAUUCGCACAAAUCAAUUGCGAUGAGGUAGCAUUGGUACAAAACAAUAAAAUAUAACAUCUAAGUAAUAUGCCUUAAGAUAUUUGUGUUACAAAGGGUAAAAAAAUCUUUACGGGAAUGCCGAACAUGAAUAAUGUCAUCGUCGCCUGUGAUGAAUAUGAAGUUAUUGGCGAAGGUCAGUGGCAAACUCUUGAGAAUAGUGGCGAUGAACAAGUCAUCAAAAUAUAUGGUUUCAAAUAUUCAAAAGUACGGGCCAUUUUAUUUCAUAGCACUUGCAUAUUACUAUGUGGGCUACCUUAUUUUGCUUUGGCCUAUUAUCCGUCUUACAACAGAUUCAAAUAUCUAAAAUGCAGUUUGAAAACGGCUGAACAUGUUUGUGUGACGGAUGCAGAUGGUUUAUUCAAAAUCGAAAAAGUGAAAGAUAUUGACCUUAAUCUCUCUAACCACCGGGAUAACACGUUACGUUAUUUCAUUUACCAACACACGCGUUUUAUCUGGUUGCAUGAUCAAGGAGUCUUUACUAAUGUUCUGGCACUCAAUGAAAAGCUAACAAUCAAUUUGUUGAUGGAAAACGUGUCUGGUAUAAACAAGCGACAGCAGAAUGAAUUAAUCAAGUUAUAUGGAAGCAAUUCUGUAGAGGUAGAAGUGAAAAGCUAUUGGACUUUGUUUGUGGAUGAAGUUUUCAAUCCUUUCUAUUUAUUUCAAGUUUUCUCCAUUAUAUUAUGGUCAUUAGACGAAUAUUACCAAUAUGCGUCCUGUGUUUUCAUAUUAUCUACACUGUCUUGUAUGCUGGCUUUAUAUCAAACAAAACAGAUGAGUAUAAAUUUGCACAAAAUGGCGGGUUCCACUAGUGCGUUCACGGUGACAGUACUGCGUCCGUCGCGCACAGGCCGCGAAGAAUGCGUCGUGAACGCUAGCCGGCUUGUACCUGGCGAUGUACUUGUUUUACCACCCGAUGGAUGCGUUAUGCCUUGCGAUGCGAUGCUACUCACCGGCACUUGCAUUGUGAACGAGAGUAUGCUUACAGGUGAAAGCGUACCUGUUAUGAAAGGACCGCCAUGCCCUUCUGCAGAAGUAUAUUCAACAGACGGCCAUAAAAGGCAUACACUUUUUGCUGGUACCCACGUUAUACAAACCAGAUUCUAUGGCAAUAAUCAAGUUCUAGCUAAAGUGGUGCGCACCGGUUUUUAUACAGCCAAAGGAGAACUGAUAAAAAGCAUACUUUUUCCAAAGCAACUUGGUUUCCAGUUCUACAACGACGCUGUCAAGUUUGUCAUGUUCAUGUUCUGCAUUGCCGCAAUUGGCAUGGCGUAUUCGAUCUGGUUAUACGUUCUGAGAGGGAGUCCGAUCGGUACAAUAGUGCUACGGACACUAGACAUUAUAACUAUAGUAGUUCCCCCGGCGCUGCCCGCAGCGAUGACAGCGGGCAUAGUAUAUAGUCAACAGCGUUUACGCAAGAACAAGAUAUUUUGCGUGUCCCCACCGAGGAUUAUUAUCUGUGGAAAACUGCAAGUUAUGUGCUUCGACAAGACUGGAACACUGACAGAAGACGGCUUAGAUUUCUAUUCAGUGAUACCGGCGCAAACGGAUGAAAAGUUUGGCAAAUGUGUAAUCGAUGUCAACAGCUUACCCGCUAAAAGCCCUCUUGUUCAAGCCCUGGCUUCAUGUCAUUCUCUCACUAGCAUUCAGGGACAGCUAAAGGGAGAUCCCCUUGACCUUAAAAUGUUCGAGUUCACUCAAUGGGUGCUCGAAGAACCAGGCCCAGAGAACACAAGAUAUGAUAACCUAACACCUGCUAUUGUGAAGCCAGCCUCCACACCGGAUGCAGAUUUACAGAACCUGGAAAACUAUGACCCUUACACUAUGGAAAUUCCAUAUGAGAUUGGCUUGUUGCGACGGUUCCACUUUUCGUCAUCGCAGCAAUCAAUGGGAGUGAUCGCCAGAGUACUCGGUCAACCGCAGAUGAUUUACUUCGUCAAAGGCGCGCCGGAAAAGGUUGCAGGUAUGUGCAAGACAGAAUCUUUGCCAGACAACUUCGCUUCAGUACUUAAUGAAUACACUUCAAAUGGAUUCCGAGUAAUAGGACUUGCACAUAAGAAACUUGACCGUAAAAUGAAAUGGGUCGACGCACAAAGAAUCAAACGGGACACACUUGAGUGCGACAUGACAUUUCUGGGCUUUCUAGUCAUGCAAAAUAGCCUGAAACCGGAGACCACUCAAGUGAUAAGGGAACUCCACGAGGCGAACAUUCGACAGAUCAUGGUUACUGGUGACAAUAUAAUGACAGCUAUGUCGGUAGCGAGAGGUUGCUUCAUGGUGCAGCCACAUCAGAAAUUGGUGUUGAUAACCGUGGGACAUCAGCAAACUGAUGACUCCCGACCACCCUUAUCUAUGGAGGUUGUUGGCGAAGGCUGCCCACCGAAAAUGUCAAUGGACUCUUGCGUCCUCGCGCUGGAAGGGAGGACUUGGACGGUCAUAAGGAAUCACUAUCCUGAAUUGCUGCCCAUUGUGCUAAGCAAAGGCAUGGUGUUCGGGCGUUUUGGGCCAGACCAGAAGACCCAGCUGAUCACGGCGCUGCAAGGCGAAGGCCUCAUAGUCGGAAUGUGUGGGGACGGCGCUAACGAUUGUGGCGCGCUCAAAGCCGCGCAUGUCGGCAUAUCGCUCUCUGAAGCCGACGCCUCAGUUGCGGCCCCUUUCACGUCACGCGUACAAAACAUAAGCUGCGUGAAACUCCUUGCACUAGAAGGACGGUGUGCGCUAAGCACAUCGUUCGCCAUUUUCAAAUACAUGGCGCUCUAUUCACUGAUACAAUUCUUCUCUAUACUUAUUUUAUACAACUUCUACUCAAUAUUGGGCAACAACCAGUUUCUGUACAUAGAUCUGGUUUUGACAACUCUAUUGGCGUUAUCGCUCGGCCGAGCAUCUCCCGGGCCUAUACUUACAAAGCAAUCUCCGCCAGUAUCGUUGGUAGCUUUAUCCAGUAUCCUGCCUUUAGUGAUGCAAGUAUCGCUAGUACUGUUGAUGCAAUUAGCGCCUAUUUACCUGCUAUACACUCAACCUUGGUUCAGUCCAGUGGAAGGUGGGCCAGACGUAGAGCAAGUAUUAUGUUGGGAAAACACAGUAAUAUUCAUCGUAUCGGCUUUCCAGUAUUUGAUUAUGGCGUGCGUUUACGCCAAGGGAUGGCCAUUCCGUCAACCGUUUUGUGCUAAUUAUUACAUGGUAAUAACAUUGCUGACUCAAGCAGUAUUCGUGACAGUUUUACUGUUAUGCCCGUGGUCGUGGCUCUCGGACCUGAUGGAAGUGACACCCAUGGACACAACACAAGUGGAACGCAGCAUGUUCCGCGUAUACUUGCUCAUAAUACCAUUACUGCAUCUUAUAUUGGCUAUCGGUAUCGAAGCAACACUAUCGGACGUGGACAAAUUCCGGUCUUUGUUUAAACUGUCACGACGACGCUGCGAUAUGAACGAAGAAUUAUCUGCAGACGCGGAAUGUCCUCUAUGGCCGCCACGUUCUGACGUCUGCUGACUAGUACCCAUCUAUCUACGUGAGAAUAAACUGUACCUACUCUUCAACAAACUUCCCAGUAAACCUGUUAAGCUGGCAAAACUACUUAAAUUCUUUCGCUAUAUUAAAUUUUGCUGUAAACCUUUCCGCCUAUUAUUGGCGGUUGGCGUUCGAUGACGUAUCAAAAAACUGGCAACAGUACUUUUUAUAUUAAAUAUUAGGCCUUCCAUGUUGAUUUUAGUAGGAAAAUUAAGUGUUUUUUAUACAAAUUUAUAUCGCAGGUGGACUUCUCAUAUCAAGCUUCCCUGUAAACCUUUCUUACUAUUAUUGGCGGUUGGCGUUUGAUGACGCAUCAAAAAACUGGUACAAAUACUUUUUUUUAGAAAAUAUUAGGCCCUUUUUGUUGAUUUUGAUAGCAGUGACAGACGAGGAGUGUCCUCUAUGGGCGCCCCGCUCUGACGUCUGCUGAAUAGUAAAUAACUGUCUACGUGAAAAUAAUGUAUAUCUUCUCUUAAAAAACUGUCUUUUAUAAUUUUAUUCGCCUAUUAUUGGCAGUUAGCGUUCCAGGACGCUUCAAAAAGCUGGCAAAACUGUUUUCUCUUUUAUAAAAAAUUAGGCAUUCUUUGUCGAUUUUAGAAGCAAAGUUUGAUUUCUUAUUUAAACAUGCGUUAGUAAAAUUCGCAAGCGGAUUGUUGAAUUCACUGCAUCACACUCCAUCUAUCGGUAUUAAAGAUCAGAGACGUUUUGCAUUAGGGCGGAUGGACGAUAAUUCGGAUUGCAUUAUAGCUAAAUUAAAGUACGCCGCAUUGUAAAGAAGUCGGUGAGAUCGUAGACCAGCUCGCGUGGUAAGGAAAGGGGGAUAAAGAAGAAUAACUCUUCAAUCUACUCGCCAUGGAUAGAAGACGAAAAAAUGCGCUUAAUGGCUCCACAUCACAGAGUAAUUGUUGAGACCCGAGCCCUCUUAUUCUAAAACGCGGACUAAAGUUAGUCUUGGUUUAAACAUAAUGUUGUCUCUGUCUUCUUUGUAGCAAACAAAAAUGACAGCAUCAGUUUUAGACCAGGUUUAACUUUAGUCUACGUUUGUAAUAAGGCGGCAAGUGUUUCGUCACUUCCUAAUCGCCAAUGAUCUGAUAUCCAAAGCAAAGAGCAAGUACUUGGCGAAGCCAUCCCAGAGGUGUGGGCAAUAUUCCACAAGCGCCUCACUUGUGUCUAGUACAACAAAAACAGUUGAUUGAGUAUGAAAAAACGCAGCAACUUUGUUCAAGUUUCCGAGUAUUCGUGAUUUUUUUUUAUUACGGUUUAGAUGUAGUCGUUUGGAUUCAGGCCUGAGCGAACUUCCAUGCCGAGCAUGGUGAUAUUGCUCUCUAGCGCCAGUAUUGUGCCCUGAAGAGGGAAGGAGAUGGAAUGACGACGUUUUUGCCGUGAAAGUGCUUAGUCUUAGCAUGGAACUCAAUGAAGGCCCUGGUUCCAUCGAAUGGAGUACCAUUCGGAAAUGUGGUCCAAAACCUGAUUGAAUUCAAAAACAAGAUUCUUCCGUUUCUAUAAGAUUUCUACCUGUCCAGCCGCUGUGUCCGAAAUAUCCCUCAUACACUGUACUAUCGUCUGCAGAGCAAUGAAUAUUCCCUAGACGAAUUAAAUAAUUAAUGUGCAGCAGAAAGAGUGGGGAAUAGAACGGAGCCCUGAAGAACACCAGCAUUCACUGAAAUGAACUGUGAACCCGCAUCCGCCCGUAAGGACGCGAAUUCUACGCUCAUGCAGGAAGUCAGCCUCCCAGGCACAGAACUUAGCAGGCAAACCGAUGCAGGAAACUUGGAGAGAAGCCGGACCUUAUCAAAUGCCAAGCGUUGUCGUAGCGUUGCAAAGACUUACAUCGCUUGUCAAUAGCCUCGUCCCAGAUGUGAUCGAUUAACCCUUAAUCCAAAUUGACGAUCACUGAUCAGAAUGGUCUUUCAAGUAGCGGGUCAGUUGGUUAUUAUGGACCCUUUCUAAGACUGUUCUUUGCAAUCAUCGAUUCGGGAGUUAGCCGCAAAGAUAUUUACCCGUAAAUAGGCUUUCCUUUAAGUGUGUUUUUUUUUUGGAAACUUUAUACAAUGCGUGCAAACGUCAGUUGCCGUAUUGAUAAACAGUUGACAAUCCAACUAAUCGUCGUCCCGCCGUAAUACAAAACCAUUCCGUUUUUUUAAAGCAACAAGACCGUAUGUAAUAAUGCUAAAUCUACAAUCUGGCUGCGAUAUUUAUAUUAUAAUCCAGAAAUUUACAAUUACUUAAUCUGAUUUAAAACUAUAUGUUGUGACCAGUGCAAUAGUUGCCUACUUCUCAAUCGAGGUACUUAAGCUUAAAAUGUAAUUUACGCAUAUCCCAAAAUUAAUCGAUUACCACAGUCUUAGCAUAUGAGAUUAUACUAAAAUAUUAUAAUAUAGCUACUUCGAGGCUAUAUCGAGUUAGAGAAUUAUUCUUGUUUGUAUCUAUUUAUCGAUUACAAACAAAUUCAAAUAAGACUGAGAUGUUUAUAGGGCGAUGGAAGGUGAAGUGUUAUAUGAAAUUUUAUAUAACACCCAAAAAGAGUAUUAACGCGAUAUAGAAUAAGUAGGGAUUUGCAUAAAGUAAUUACCUAUAAACCUCUCAGUGAAACUAUUGGGAAUGGUUGUAUAAAACAUGCGACGUUUCUAUGUUUUGAUUUUCUUGUUUUGUAAGACUAGUAUGUAGACACUCAGAGUCGUCAAUUAAUUCAUUUUAAAGAAGAACAACCACUUUGUAUGGGGUUUGGUACAGAUACCAAGUUCUUAGUACAGGAGCAAAACAUAUAUCAUUGUAAAGCUUAUUGUUAAUGUAUACUGCCAAUCUUUAAUUGAACUCGAUAGCUAGUUGGGUUAAUGAGAUAUUUCGAUUUGAUUUUAUUUAAAAAUAAAAAAUAUUUUAAGUGUAGAAAGGGUUUUUCUGGUGUUAAUUCAUAAUAAACAUAAUUUUUAACUAAUUUGGAACAAAUAAUUAAUAAAAUAUUAAUAAUAUCAUAUUUUGUCUGAGAUUUGGAGUUAAAAACUACAAAUCAAGUGUUUUUUUUUUAUUAAAAUAAAAACACUUGAUAUUACCUUAAAAACAUUAAUUAAUUUGAGCAAUUUUAACUGUACUUCGAUAAAACAUUCAACUCAUGAUUAGUUACAUCAAUUGUUUCGAAUAUAAUAGCAAACUACGUUUCUUUAUACACUGAACGCUAUUUUCAUUUAUACUUUAAAGGUUUUGUACUAUUUUGAAUUUCACCACUAGCUAAACAAAUACAUUUUAUCUUAUAUUACUUACUAUUUAAUGCUUCACAUAAUAUCAAACAAAUAUGUUUGUACAAGAUCAGUACCAAAAUGGUUGUCCUCCUUUAAAUUAAAAGUGAUGCUGUUACUUUCUUUGCAAAAGGCAAUAGAUUAAGGCAACGUCUCACUGGCAAGAAUAUAAUUUAAUUGACAUCUCUGAGUGCGGAGGUAAGAAAUUUCAAAAUUCUCUACCAGUUUUUAGCCCAUUAUAAUAAUUGUCUAUCUUUUCAAUGACAGCAAUAAAAGACAUCGUAAACGCUUAUGUAAUAUCUUGAAUUAUCAAUUUUGAUUUGUCUCACGAAUUGUAUUUAGUGAGGACGAAUUAUACAUUUUUAAUUAUUUUAUGGUUCCGUCUUUAUUUUGUGAUUUAAAAACUGUAGAAAAAUUUAUUAUUUAACGACUUAAUUAACCAAUAAAUUAAUUUGCAAUAUAAAAAUUUUAAUGUUUAUUUUAAUUUUAUAGGUAUAUUUUUUUUUAUUUCCGUAAAAAUAUCGAAUGCUGUAAUUGAAAUCUAUGAACCUUAGUUUUUUUCUACCUCAUAAUAUUAUAUAGAACGAUUUUUAUAUAUUUUUUUCUUUUUAACUUAUUCGAUGCGUAUUAUAUAUUCAUAUAUUUCAAGGUUAGGAGACGUAUUAUUUUCUAAGCCACGUUUGCUUUGUACCUAAACGUAAAAUUUUAUUUUGUACGAAUUUAUACUUUACUAUUAUACACAUUUAAAUAAGAUUAUAAAAAAACAUUUCAUCAAAAAAAUUAAGGCAGAACUAAAAUUAUCACAUUGUACAUUUUUUCCUAGAUUACUAUCACAAUAUUUCGUGUAAUCAACUAUUCACUUGAAAAAUCACCAAAUUAUAUGAAGUAGGCAAUAACUACUAGCCAAUUUUACUGGUCCCCCUAAAUUAUAAUCGUAAUGUAAGAUAGUGCAUAGGUAUUUUUAAGUGAUAUCCUAAUUUGUUGUAUAUAAAUAACUGUAGUGAUUAAUGUAAUUAAAAUAUUGUUAAAUACUAUUUCUACCAGAAAACCCUUAAUAGUAUGUACUUAUUGUUUACAACCAUCAAGUAGUAAAUUAGAUGGAACCAUUAUUUUGACAUGGUUUAGUAGAAACAUUACAGCUAUUGUUUUAGUACUAGUUGUAUUAUACGAAUGAUUUAUUAUAUCAAUUAUUUACGCAAUUUUGUUUCGUAAAUAUUAGUUGUGCACAAAUGAAAUGUUACUUAAUGUUAGUUUCUUAUAUUUCAUUGUAGAUCGAAUAACCGUCUAAGUAUAAUUAUAUGUGUACAUCAUCUUUUAACGGUGAUGAAAUCAUGAUUUUCUUGACAAAAUCUAUGAAUAUAGUUGUUGGUAAACAUAAUGACGCUUUCAGUUACCAAAGCCUAAUAAUUUAUUAUUAUUUAUAUUACAGGUAUACACUUAUUUUUUCUGGGAAAAGUAUAUAAUUAUAUGUCAAAAUCAAAGCCCACUUACAUUCUUAUCAAAUUAGACUUUUUUUUAAGUAUAGAGGACGUCUACUUAUUUUUAAAAAUAAAAUGAUGUCUUCUUUCAGUAAAAUAUCCACUGUAUAGGUGUGGUAAAAAGUGAGGUUUUUUUAUCUUGGAAUAUUAAAAAAAAACUGUUAUCAUUUGAUAAAUAUGCUUGAGUACGCCAGAGAAUUACAGAAAAAAUAUCCAUGUCUGGUUUCUGUCUUUCCCAAGAUUGAUAACUUUUUCUACUCUACUUAAACUCACUCCACCUUAUUACCUAACAUAACAAACGACUAAAGUUAAACCUGGACUAAAACUAAUAUUUUCACUUUUGUUUGCUAAAAAGAAGAUGGAGACAGCAUUAGGUUCUAGCCAAGACUAACUUUAGUUUUAAUACUAAUAUGUACUUAAAGUACCUACACGUUUUGGAAUAAGGCGGUCUGGGUUUUGACUACGAAGACAACGAAAAAUCACAUUGAACCUUCCUACUUGUAUUAUACUACAUUGGAGCGAUGGUGAGCAGAAAGCGACUAGCGGGCAUAUUUGAAGCUAGUAAAAAUGAAUUCUGUGGACCAAUGUUAAAGUAUGAUAGUGAAAGCAGAAAGCAACCAUUGGUCAUUUUCAGGUUCAAACAAAAUUUAAAACCUCAACAUGAGCUACGUUCGGUAUUUGUAUCGAGUAUCACUUUAAUAUUAUUUGGAAAAGAAACUACUUAUUUGAAACGGACCGGAAAAUAAGGUUUUUAUUCGAAGCUACUAAUAUAUUAGUAGCGUAGUCGAAUAGCUGAAGCAAUCGUUCGUUUGUGUUGUUGGUGGCGCUUUACAAAAAUAUUCCUUGUUGAUGAUUCUUUGUAGGUACUUAUAUUUUGGUGCUAUGUUUUAUUUUUUUUUACCUACCUAAUUUGUGUAAAGAAAUUUCAAACGAAUAUGUAUUGCAAAAUAAUACAUUACCGUUUUGAACUUGUUAUGAAUAAUUGAACUGCAUUAUUGUGAUCGUUUUAGACCUGUGAUGGUUUACGUUUAUAUUUCUACUAUAUUUCGAUCCUGUUGAAUGUUCUGUGUCUAAUUUGUAUCACGAUAGUGUAGUUCAAUGUGAAUUUAUACUAAUAGGAACUACGACAUUUUAGAUAAAUGAAUAAAUGUGACCAUGAAAAUUAAAUGGUUACGGACAAGC